AUGAAGUUCACUGCCGUCGCACUUGCCGGCCUGGCCACUGUCGCCAUGGCCUCCCCUGCCGCCGAGGCUAACCCUGCACCUGCACCUGCACCUCAGCCUGAGGCCAAGGCCGACCCUGCUUUCUCCUCGUGGGGCAAGAAAUACCACCCCAAGCUCUGGAAUGGCUGGGGCGAUGAUUCUGGCAUGGUCUACCGCCGUGAGGCAGACCCCGCCUUCUCGUCAUGGGGCAAGAAGUACCGCCCCAAGCUCUGGAACGGAUGGGGCGAUGACUCGGGCAUGGUCUACAGACGUUCGGCUGAAGCCGAUCCUGCUUUCUCCUCCUGGGGUAAGAAGUACCACCCUAAGCUCUGGAACGGAUGGGGUGACGACUCGGGCAUGGUGUACCGCCGUAGCGAGCCCAAGGCUGCUGGCACCGCCUCUACCACCGGUGCUGCUAAGCCCGCCGAGUCUGGUCCUUCUGAGGAGCAGUACGAGGAGUUCGAGCGCCGUGACCCUGCUUUCUCCUCGUGGGGUAAGAAGUACCACCCUAAGCUCUGGAACGGCUGGGGUGACGACUCAGGCAUGGUCUACAGACGUUCAGCCGAAGCCGAUCCUGCUUUCUCUUCUUGGGGCAAGAAGUACCACCCUAAGCUCUGGAACGGAUGGGGUGAUGACUCCGGUAUGGUCUACUAG